CUUUUUUCUUUUUUCUAAUCUUACAUAAGAAAUUGGCAUAGAAAUCACUGUGACACCAGACAGUAAACUAUCUUGGUUUUUUACUUUUCCUCUAUCCUUAUUGUCACUACUCUUGGUAUCGUGUAUUAAACAAUAAUGUCCGUCUAUCAGCAUUCCAGGCGGACAUUUGGUAGUAAAAGUGUCCUACCAACAGCACAUGUUCGCCAAAACAAUAAUAGUAAACUCCUAGGUAAUCUCAUCAAAUCUUUUGAUCUUCAUCCUUUUUCUUCAUUUCACUUAAAAUCAUUAUGAUGCAACUUGUAAACCUAUUUUUACUGUACCUUUGUCAUUGAAUCAACCCAAACUUCCGACAUUAAACAUCAUUAUCGUUUUUGGUCGACAUCUUUCCUCAGCCCAGCCUAUUCUAUUUGGGUUAACUCGAAGACAACUAUCACUCAUCACUCUCGUUGUUCAAAAUAGUACACUUGUUCUCAUGAUGCGGUACUCACGAGUAAUUCAAAAACCUGGACAAACGAUGUAUAUCGCCUCUACUGCUGUAUUUUUAGCUGAAGUCCUCAAAAUUAUUGCCUGCCUUCUCGUAAUGCGGUAUCAGCAAGGCACCAACGAGCGGUUUUUGUAUCUGAUCAAGAAAGAAAUCUUGGAACGACCUACAGAGACCUUAAAAAUGUUGAUCCCUUCAGGUUUAUACGCUUUACAAAACAAUCUGCUGUAUGUAGCACUGAGUAAUUUAGAAGCUGCAACAUUUCAAGUCACUUACCAAUUGAAAAUCAUGUCGACAGCUGUAUUCAGUGUCGUUCUAUUGGGGAAGAGUCUCAGUCGCGAUAAAUGGUUUGCGUUAUGUUUGUUGAUGAUUGGUGUGACAUUAGUACAAUCACAAAGUAUGACUACAGCAUCAACUUCAACAACCUCUACAACAGCAUCAGAAGCAGGAGCACUGGAAGCGGAUGUUACAGGGACAUCACCAACAACAUCAGCUUCGACAGCAGUCAUGAUGGCUACCCAGAAUCCAUUUAUUGGCUUUAUUGCAGUGAUGACCAGUUGUGUUUCAUCUGGAUUUGCUGGUUGUUAUUUUGAAAAGAUCUUGAAAACAUCGGAAACGUCAAUGUGGGUUCGUAACAUCCAGUUAGCCAUUUCAGGAUCCUUCUUUUCUUUAAUUGGAAUGUUGAUGUAUGACAUGCAAGCCAUUCGAACGGGCGGGUUAUUACAAGGAUAUAAUUGGCUCACAUGGAUUGUGGUUGCCAACCAAGCGUUAGGAGGUUUACUAGUAGCUAUUGUUGUUAAAUAUGCUGACAAUAUCUUGAAAGGCUUUGCAACUAGUCUCUCAAUUAUUGUAUCAGGAAUUAUCAGCAUAUAUCUGUUUAACUUUCAGCCGACGAUAGUCUUCAUCACCGGUGCAUUUAUUGUCAUGGCAUCCUCGUACCUGUAUGGUUCGCAAUUGAAUAUCUUCAGCAGCAGUCGAAAAGAUCGAAUCAAACCACUUUAAAAAUAUUUCAUUUUUCUAUUGUUUAAUAUUAUAAUAUUAGUUUACUUAAUUACAAAAACCUGUAUAUAAACCGUUAAGUUAUUUCUUAUAUGAAUAAAAUUUUUUAGACUG